AUGCCUAGGAUAUUGGUGUGUUGUGUUAUGGUUGUGUUACACGCAUUAUUAAAGUACGAACAGGAUGCUAUUCUUUGUAAAAUUCUAGUGAACGAGAAAAGAUUCUCCAAGUGGUUACAAUGUCUUAGUGCUGUGUGUGAUACUGAAAAUUUGAAUCCAGGUAGAAGUGUCAUUUGUAGCAAACACGUUGUACCAAGAUUCAUUACUCCAAAAUCACGACUCUUGGGUGACGCACAUCCAUCAUUGUUUAAUGAUGAUGGGCUCUCAAUCAGCCUACCCUCUUCAAGCAAUACUGAAAUUAUAUUCAAUUCGGAACACAGCUAUGCAAGAAAAAGUCAUGUUGACCACACAUAUUAGAAAGUGGAACUGA